GGAUGAAGGAAGAGCGGCGGUGGCCGCGGGGGGCGGCGCGGAGCUGCGGGAGCUGCUCUCCUCCGGGGCCCCUGCGCUGCCCUCAUGCGGCCCUCUCGUUGACACCUGAGGCCCGCCACUCUCGGGCCUCCGAGGACCGCGGGGUCGUCCGGCCCUCCGGCCUUGGCGGUUGAAGUCGUCGUGGUGCGGGCCCCAUGGAGAAGGCCGGGCGCGGUAGCGAGGGCGGCCCCCGGGGGCCCGUCCUGCACAUCGUGGUGGUCGGCUUUCACCACAAGAAGGGCUGCCAGGUUGAAUUCUCUUACCCGCCCCUGAUUCCAGGAGAUGGACAUGACAGCCACACUUUGCCUGAAGAAUGGAAAUAUUUGCCCUUCCUUGCCUUACCAGACGGCGCACACAAUUACCAGGAAGAUACUGUGUUUUUUCACUUACCACCCAGAAAUGGAAAUGGAGCCACCAUUUAUGGUAUUUCUUGCUAUCGACAAAUUGAAGCCAAGGCAUUGAAAGUAAGGCAAGCAGAUGUCACCAGAGAAACUGUUCAGAAAAGUGUCUGUGUUCUAAGCAAGCUGCCCCUCUAUGGCUUACUUCAAGCGAAACUUCAACUCAUUACACAUGCAUAUUUCGAAGAGAAGGAUUUUUCCCAAAUUUCCAUUCUAAAGGAGCUUUAUGACCAUAUGAAUAGUUCCUUGAGUGGAACUUCAUUAGAAGGAUCCCAAGUAUAUCUUGGUCUGUCUCCUCGAGAUCUUGUCCUUCAUUUUCGACACAAGGUCUUAAUCCUGUUUAAACUAAUUCUUCUUGAAAAAAAGGUUCUUUUUUAUAUUUCUCCAGUGAAUAAAUUGGUGGGUGCACUGAUGACUGUGUUGUCCCUUUUUCCAGGCAUGAUUGAACAUGGUCUCAGUGACUGUUCUCAGUACAGGCCCCGGAAGAGUAUGUCUGAAGAUGCUGGUCUUCAGGAAAGUAAUCCUCCUGCAGAUGAUUUUGUUUCUGGGUCAGCUUCUAACAUGUCAAAUACCAAUUUGGGAACUGUCAAGAAAAUCAUAGCAGGAAACCAUGGAGGAGAUGCUUCCAUCAAGACCGAAAAGCCUUUUUUCCAACUAGAACAUGACAGCAGUAAAGAACAGGAACCCAGUGAUACUAAUCAAUAUUUGAAACCUCCAUCUCGUCCAUCUCCAGAAUCUUCAGAAAGUGACUGGGAGACCUUGGAUCCUAGUGUCUUAGAGGACCCCAACCUGAAAGAAAGGGAACUGGUGGGGUCAGACCAGACAAACUUAUUUCCAAAAGACUCUGUGCCCUCAAAUAGUACUCCAAUUACUGUACAACCUCAAGCCAAUAUGGGGCAGGUGGUCCUGAUACCAGGGCUUAUUUCAGGUUUGGAAGAGGACCACUAUGGCAUGCCCCUGGCCAUCUUCACAAAGGGAUAUCUGUGCUUGCCCUACAUGGCAUUGCAGCAGCAUCAUCUACUCUCUGAUGUCACCGUUCGGGGAUUUGUUGCUGGAGCUACUAACAUCCUUUUUCGACAACAAAAACACCUCAGUGAUGCCAUUGUGGAAGUAGAAGAAGCUCUGAUCCAAAUCCAUGAUCCAGAACUCAGGAAGCUACUUAACCCAACCACUGCAGACCUAAGAUUUGCUGAUUACCUGGUGAAGCACGUGACUGAAAACCGAGAUGACGUCUUCCUGGAUGGCACUGGCUGGGAGGGAGGUGACGAAUGGAUCCGGGCCCAGUUUGCAGUCUAUAUCCAUGCCCUGCUGGCUGCUACAUUGCAGUUAGAUAAUGAAAAGAUAUUAUCGGACUAUGGGACAACUUUUGUUACAGCAUGGAAGAAUACUCACAACUACAGAGUAUGGAACAGCAACAAGCAUCCAGCACUUGCAGAAAUAAAUCCAAACCAUCCAUUUCAAGGCCAGUACUCAGUAUCAGACAUGAAGUUAAGAUUCUCUCAUUCUGUUCAGAAUAGUGAACGUGGCAAAAAAAUUGGAAACGUCAUGGUCACAACUAGCCGGAAUGUUGUACAAACAGGAAAAGCUGUUGGUCAGUCAGUUGGAGGAGCUUUUUCCAGUGCAAGGACAGCUAUGUCUUCAUGGCUUUCUACCUUCACCACAUCUGCCCCCCAGAGUCUCCCUGAGCCCCCCGAUGGGAAGCCCUGAGGCUGGUAGCAGAGGCUGCAUGGCUCUUUUAGGUGUUAAGUGCUCCUGUCCAUCUGCUGCUCCCAACCUCUCCUUCACUGGCCCUGGGUCCACAGCUGGGGACUGAGACGUAGAACUGUUUACAUGGACAGUUGCACUUUUUCUAAAUGAAGAUCACUGGAUGCUAAAAAGAUGAAAUCACAUCCAUGGCAGGAAUGGGCUUGGGGUUUAAAUUGACUCCAGGUUCGGGUUUAAAUUGACUACUUUUAUUUCAUUUUAUUUCAUUCUGAGCCUGAUUAAAACACAGUGAACACACAAUGAACAUCUAAUGAAUUCUGA